AAGCCAAUACCAGCAAGAAUCAACCUCACAGCUUUGGGAUAUGGAAGAGGCUUUGCACCACCAAAGCGUAUUAUAAUUAACGGGACACCUACUGCACGAAUUUUUACCAUCAACUUGGCUGAGGACGGUGUGCCGCAGAGAACUGCUAACAUUCCAUUUAGUUUGACUCCACGCUUUCAGAUAAGUAAAGUAAGUGAAUGCUUAAAGUUUUAAACUCAGUUUCAACUUGUUUGUCUAAAUUUUUCUUAUUUGAGGUUGCUCGUAAUGCUUGGAUGAAGGAAGGAAGAAUUGGAAGAUGGGGUCCUACAGAGACUUCCGGAGGGUUCCCUUUCAAAGUUGGCCAACCAUUCAUAUUGGAAUUUAGAGCCGGAGCGAAAGAUAUAAUAAAUAUAUAUGUUGACGAGAAAUACUUUACCUACUUUGUUCGAUACAGCUUGAGUAAGAUUAGUCAAAUUGAGAUUACACAGGAUAUCAAAGUGAGCUCUAUUACUCUGUGCAAAUAAAGAGAAAUUUCUGAUUAAAUAUUUGA